UUUUAUGAAGAACAGAACCCGAAAGUCCCCUUCAAAGAUGUAUCACAAAAAAUGGAGACGACAAACUGCACAAUUACGGGCAUUGGUGGAGUCUAGUGAUUCAGAUGAGAAUCCAGGUCCCUCAAAUGAGAGUGAUAAUUCUGGCCUCUCUUUUGCUGAUAGUCCAACAGACAUACAGACACAAGAGCAGUCUGAUACAGGAGAAGACGAGUAUCGAGAUGAUCAUCACCCGCCAGACAGUGAUGGUGAAAGUGAUUCAGAAAUUGAAACUUUGUCUGAGGAGGAAUCAAGUGAUCUGAGAAGUGAUUUGGCAAAAUGGGCUGUAAAAAAUAAGGCAACGCGCACAUCGGUUGAUGAGCUGCUUUUGGUGUUACGUAAACAUGGCCACCGGCUGCCAAAAGAUGCCAGAACCCUUUUAGGAACCCCACAUAAAAUAGAAGUCAGGGAUCUAUGUGGUGGCCAAUUCCUUUACUUCGGUGUGGAGACGGGACUUUUGAAAACGUGCUCACAGUAUCCCGAUUUCUUUUCAUCAGAAAAUGAGAUGCUGCUAAAUUUCAGUGUAGAUGGUGUGCCAUUGUUUAAAUCAUCCAAUGUACAAAUGUGGCCCAUUCUAUGUAGUGUGAAAAAGUUUGAGCCGUUUAUCGUUGCACUAUUUUGUGGAACUGCAAAGCCAAACAGCGUUACUGAUUACACGUCUAGUUUUUUAACAGAACUGAAGGCACUCCAACAACAUGGGAUUGAGUUCCAAAACGGAACAAUAAAUGUAAAAGUGAAUGCUUUUAUUUGUGAUGCCCCAGCGAGAGCAUUCCUAAAAUGCAUCAAGUCCCACAAUGCCUACAGCAGCUGUGAGCGGUGCACCAUUGAAGGACAUUAUGUAAGUCACAGAGUUGUAUUCAACUACCAGUCGCAGGAGAAGGUUGAUGCAAGAACAGAAGAUGACUUCAUUAAACAAGCAUAUCCCAUCCACCAAACUGGUUGCUCACCCCUGAUCGCUGCAGGCUUGCAGUGCAUACAACCGUUUGUGCUAGACUAUAUGCAUGUUGUCUGCCUAGGGGUUGUCAGACGAUUGCUGAACUUUCUAAAACAGGGACCUAGAGAGUGUAGGCUGUCCUCAAGGCAAAUUGGAGAAAUUUCAGCAAAACUCUUGUCCCUCAGUGGAAAGCUGCCAAGAGAAUUUGCCCGACAGCCACGAAGUCUAACUGAUCUGGACAGAUGGAAAGCGACGGAAUUCAGGCAGUUUUUACUCUAUACUGGACCGGUUGUUCUCAGAGGCAUUCUGCAAGACAAUUUUUACCAUCACUUUUUGACACUGUCAGUUGCCAUGUCCAUACUGUUGGACUCCAAUGGCAUUACACGAAUGUCAUCCAUUGGCUACGCUGAAGAGCUUUUAGUAUAUUUUUAUAGAACAUCUACCAAGCUCUACAGCCCGAUCUUUCCAUCCUAUAAUGUCCAUGCCCUGAUCCACUUGUCUGAAGAUGCAAGGCACUUUAAAACAUCUUUAAAUGACAUUUCUGCCUUUCAGUUUGAAAACCACCUGCAAAAACUAAAAAAAUGUGUCAGAAAUGCAAAAAACCCAAUUGCACAACUAUCGAAGAGGAUAGCUGAAAUGGACAAUUCAAAAAUUCCUAUCUCACCAGCAGCACAUGGGACAUUUGUGUCAACUAAGAAGAAGGACUCCUGUUUUUUUUUUGGGACAUUCCUUUGCCUUGGUAAAGGAAAGAAGGCCAGAAAAGACAUGUGUGUGUGAUGUGUACAGUCUCAACACUUUGGACAGUUUUUUCACCAGUCCAUGCGAGUCAAAACUGAUUAACAUUGCUGUACUGCGUGGUGAAAGAGGUACCCAAAAACGAGAGCUGAUUGAGGAGAAAAAACUGAAGCACAAGGCAGUUUGUCUACCAUACAAAAGUGGCUACGUAUUUAUGCCAUUGCUUCAUGGCAUUGAAAGGAACUAACCAGCCUAGGAUACGUGACAGAAGAAAAUGAGUCCGCUAAUAGCUGUUCAUCUUUUAAUGUUAGAAGUUUUUAGUUACAAAUGAUUGUCAUUCACUUGUUCGCAGUUGUCUCAUUUGUUUUUUCUAUAGACCAGAACAAUGUGGACUAGAGCGGUGUGGAGAGAGGAGACUAUGGAGAUGGAGGAAGUGAUACCAUCAUGUUGGGUUAAGAAUGGUGGUGUA